AUGUUGUUUCACCCCAGAGCCAAAGGCGCAAGCUUUCUUUUCGCUGUUGCUGCUUUCGAACAUCUAGUUUCAGGUGCUCCAACUGGCACCUCACCUGCACCCUCUGCAACGUCACUGCUUGGCUACAACCCCGCCAACGGCGUCCAAUUCCAGGAUACUGACAACAUUCUGUUCUCCCUACUUCCAGCCCAGACUCAAGAUGCCAAGAUCGGAGCCUCAUUCGAUUUCAACGGUGUCGAAAACCCGCAGCCAAUCCGCGGCAGCAAAGGUGGUCUUGACCCAGGGCCGAGAACAACGGAGUAUGACGUCCUCAACCCGGACAAGCUUGCACCACCGGGAACUGAUCACGGAAAUGUGGCUAAUGCCGAAUGGCCCCUGGGACUGAGCCAUAACAAGCUGGGACUUGGUCGUGCGGGGUGGUCGAGGCAACAGAAUAUCGAUAACAUUCCCGCGGCUACUGAGAUGGCAGGCGUUGAUAUGCGAUUGGAACCUGGUGGAUACCGUGAAUUGCAUUGGCACACUGCUGCCGAGUGGUCGUAUGUUCUUAACGGGAGUGUGAGAAUUCAGGCUGUAACGGAGGAUGGCCAGACGUUUGUGGAUGAUUUGAGUGCUGGUGAUGUUUGGUUCUUUCCGGCUGGCGUUCCUCAUUCUCUCCAAGCUUUAGAUGGUGGUGUGGAAUUCCUACUUGUCUUCGAUGAUGGAAGCUUUUCUGAAGACAGCACUUUCCUCAUUUCCGAGACCUUUGCUCUCAAACCGAAAUCGGUCUUAUCUAAGAACUUUGGAGGUCUUCCCCUGUCCGCUUGGGACAACAUCCCAAGCGGUGAACUGUUCAUAUUUCCAGGCACACCUGCACCAAAAGACAUUGCGGAACAGAACAUUGUCGGCUCAGCUGGUGUCCUACCCAUUGAACAAUCGUACAGUUACCAUCUUUCGAAAGCGGAUCCUACGAUUACGACGGCUGGUGGAAGUGUGAAGAUUAUUGAUCCUAAGACAUUUCCCAUAGCCAGCAAGUUCUCGGCAGCUAUUGUUACGAUCAAGCCUGGAGCAAUCAGAGAAAUUCACUGGCACACAACCUCUGAUGAGUGGAAUUUCUUCAUUUCAGGCGACGCGAGAAUUGGAAUCUACGCCACCCAAGGCAAUGCUCGCACCUUCAAUUACCACGCCGGCGACUGCGGGUACAUCCCAAAAGACAUGACGCACUAUGUCGAAAACAUUGGCUCCGACGAUGUUGUGUUCAUCGAGGUUCUCCAGGCGGAUCAUUUCUCCGAUAUCUCCGUCGGGCAAUGGGUUGGACUUACCCCGCCGCAGAUCAUCAUGGAUACCCUCAAUUUGACGAACUCCACUGUCUCGCAGUUCAAGAAGGAGAAGCAGUAUGUUGUUCAAGGUUGA